CUACAAUAUUUGGUAACAUGGCUUGCUUUCUUCCUGGCCUCCUUUGUUCCUAUUAAUAAACAAAGCCACCAACGUACAAAUCUUCAAACCAACCCCAUAUUCCACUCUAUUUUUAGAGACUCUGUCUCACUGGGCACUGUGCACUGCAGUUCUAGUAGAUCGACUUUGCUUUUCCUCUUUUUCAGUUUCGUACUUCUCUGUCAAAUCUCCUCACCAAAAUCCAACAAAUAUCGCCAUUACCGACUCACCAAGCUUUCUAGGAAAAUGUCGAUGCACGCAAAGACAGAUUCGGAGGUGACGAGUUUGACGGCGUCGUCACCGACAAGGUCUGAACCGCGGCGGCCGGUGUACUACGUCCAGAGUCCAUCGCGCGACUCCCACGACGGAGAGAAGACCACCAACUCCUUUCACUCAACGCCUGUGCUCAGCCCCAGUGGAUCACCCGGCCGUCAAUCCCGGAACUCUUCCUCCACCAGAUAUUCCGGCUCCCUCAGACCCGGAUCGAGGAAAGGCAGCCAACAUCAACAUCACCGGAAAGGAGAAAAGGGAUUUGAUGCGAUUGAGGAAGAAGGAUACAACGAUGAAGUUGGUCAUCGGGGGAUUCCUCGCCGGUGUUAUUUUCUGGCGUUCGUUGUCGGUUUCUUCGUUCUCUUCACUUUUUUCGCUCUCGUUCUCUGGGGCGCUGCCAGACCUCAGAAGCCCGUCAUCACCAUGAGGAGUAUCGCAUUCGAUCAAUUUGCAGUUAAUGCUGGGGCAGAUGCAUCUGGAGUUGCUACAGAGAUGGUGACUUUAAACGCCACCGUGAAGUUCAAUUUUCGCAACCGUGGAACCUUCUUUGGGGUUCAUGUAUCAUCCACACCACUCGAUCUCGCAUACACCGAGUUGACUCUGGCCACCGGAACUGUGAAGAAAUUUUAUCAAUCAAGAAAAGGUCACAGAAUAGUGAGUGUGAACGUGCGAGGUGUACGAGUGCCGUUGUACGGCGGCGGACUGAACUGGAGCAGCGAGAACGGAAAACUGACAGCGCCGUUGCCACUGAACCUAAAUUUCACGGUGAAAGCUAAAGCUUACGUGUUAGUUGAGUAG